AUGAGCUCAGUAUCUUCUUUUGAAGGCAGUGAUAAAGACUCUUUUUUUCAAAGAAGCUUCCAAGACAACCCGGCACUAGCAAGACAUUCUUAUCUUCGAAAGACUGACUUAUUGGAUACUUUAGAUAGUGGCCGUGCCCGUGAUACGGAUGCUUGGAGUGUUGCUGCUACGAUUGAUGACCAAGAGUCUGUCAUUAGUACACAUGCAACAAGUGUCAGUCGUUUGACUCAUGACAGAGAGACUGAUGAUGAUAAUAACACUAUAGAUGAUAUUCGUGAUCAGCUUCAAGACAUUCGCUUGAGAGAAGUACAAAAUCUGAGAGACCUCGUAGGACAUCCUCCUCCAUUGGACGACGAAGACAAACAGUCUCGAUCGAAUGCUGCCGAGUUUGGAGAUGCUAGGUCUUCUGUAACGUUCGAACAUAGCGUAACAGGUAGUAGCGACGAUGAGCCUACACAUGAUGUUGUUAAUGACCAAAUAUCUGCGCCCCCUCAACCUCAACCAAGCUUUGCCUCCUUAAUGACCAAAUCUUAUGCAGAACUACUCGAAGAGAACGAGAUGCUUCAGGCGCAGUUAAGGAAUGCUCAGCUGGCGCAAAAGCAUCAAGCAGAGAUGAUUAUGAACCUAAAGAGUCUAACAGGCUGUAACGAAGAAGUGUAUGGGAAAGCAUUAGCUCUAUCUCAAAUGAAGGAUGAUUUUGUUACGACUGCAGGACCAUCCAUCGUGAACUCACGUACACUAACACAGAAACUGGCAAGAUUGGCAGAGACAGUGAGUCGAUUUGUGAUUGCGGUUGUACCAGAGGAAAAUGAAGAGUGGAAAUUAAGCUUGGAACAAUCGCUUUAUUCUCAUAUUACGCAGCUUUAUAUAACAUCACUUCCCUUUGGUACAGAGAAUCAACACUUGUUAAAUACAGCCUAUUCUGAUCAAAUAAGUCGAUUCCAAAGCACAUUAGGGGCUAACUUUGCCAAAUGGUAUAGACGACAGACAGUUCAGUCGCUCGCCUUAAACCCUGCAACAAAAGAAUAUUUACAAGAUAUUCAAAGACACUUUACAAAAGAAAUGAUGCGAUUAUUAAACAUAAAUAAUAUGGAUGAUGAAAUUAUGCGUAUCUGGAAUUAUAUAUUGGAUUUAUGUGCUUCAUUAUCAUUAGAGAUUCAUGGAGGAGAUGCUGAUGUAUCUGUUCAACCUAUUGAAGUUGGUAGUAAAUAUGAUGAAGAAACCAUGGCUCCUAUUGGAAAUAUGAACAAUUCAAAAGAUAAAGUAGUCAAAAUGACAAUUAGUCCCUUGUUUAUUGAUGAGGAAGAGGUUGUCUUGUUACCAGCAAGAGUUGUACUUGAGUAA